AUGGCCAGCACUGACAGCCACAACCCCCAACCCAGCGAUGGCACAGAAUCCAAACUCGUGGCCUCGGCGCCGGACGCAGUGCCUGCUCCCGUACAGGAGUCCAUCAUAUCCCCGGCUCUACUGCACCGCUCCCUUCACCAACAACCCUGCAAAGUCACGUCGGCCAAGGGCAUCUACCUGACCCUCUCGGAUGGCCGAGUAGUCAUGGACGCGUGCGGCGGCGCGGCGGUGGCCUGCCUGGGCCACGGCAACGAGGAAGUCCUCGCCGCCGUGACGGCGCAAAUGAGCACGGGCGUCAGUUAUCUACACUCGCUCACGUACACCACGGACGCGGCGGAGGGCCUUGCGCACCACAUCAUCGACGGCCCUCACGGCGCGGGCCGUUACGGUCUUGAACGGGCAUAUUUCGUGAACAGCGGGAGCGAAGCCAUGGACGCGGCCCUGAAACUAGCACGCCAGUACUUUUUCGAAAAGGGCCAACCGCAACGGACCCGGUUCGUGAGCAGGAAGCAGAGCUACCACGGCACGACCGUCGGGGCCAUGAACGUGAGCAGCAACCUGCCGAGAAAAGUCCCGUACGCGAAUUUCCAGUCCGAGAACGUCAGCUGGGUGACGCCCGCGUACGCGUAUCAGUAUUCGAAUUGGCAGGAGGGCGAGACGGAAGCAGAGUUUGCCCAAAGGCUGGUCAAGGAACUGGACCUGCAUUUCCAGACCCUGGGGCCCGAGAAUGUCAUUGCCUUUAUUGCGGAACCGCUGGUCGGCGCGACGAGUGGGUGCACGCCGGCUCCGAGCGGGUAUUUUCGUGGUGUCAGGGACGUGUGUGACAGAUACGGCGUCCUGCUCAUCCUGGACGAGGUCAUGUGCGGAAUGGGUCGAACGGGCACGUUGUUUGCCUUUGAACAGGAAGACGUGGUGCCGGACAUCAUGACCGUGGGCAAGGGGCUCGGAGGCGGGUACUCGCCUGUUGCGGGAGUGUUGGUGCACAAGAAGGUUGUCGAUAUCUUGAGGAAGGGCACCAGUUGCUUCAACCAUGGCCACACUUACCAGGCCCAUCCUGUCGGCUGUGCGGCGACGCUGGCCGUGCAGCAGAUCUUGAGACGCGACGGCCUGGUCGGGAAUGUGGCGAGGUUGGGGCAACAUCUGUAUCCGCUCCUCCUGGACACCUUCGGCUCGUCCAAAUAUGUCGGCAAUAUUCGCGGACGGGGAUUGUUCUGGGGCCUUGAAUUCGUCCGCGACAAAGUCACUCGAGAACCGUUUCCUCCGGCGGUAGGGUUUGGCGUCCGCUACCAGGCGACUUGUUUCGAGUUGGGCGUCGCCGUGUACCCGGGAUCGGGCACAAUAGAUGGGAAGAGAGGUGACCACGCCAUUUUGAGUCCGCCGUAUAAUGUAUCGGGGGUCGAGUUGGCGAGAAUCGUUGAAGUCAUGAAGAAGGCGUACGAUAAGAUGGAGCAAGAGGUUGACAGGGAACUCGCUGCGCGCAAGGAUGCCAAUGGCUUUACGAGGGCGUAUUGA